GGGAAAGGAAGGGACAUAGUCACAUAGGAGCUAUAAGACAUAGGUAUAGUGUGUGUAAAAAGCCAGGAGGAAGAGUAUCUUUAGAGGAGGUCAGCACAUCACAGAACAGAACAGAACAGAAUGCUUUACUUCCUGUGAUAAACAACCUACGCUACUACUAUAACGUUGUUGUUGUUGUUGUUAUUUUUAUGAGACCUCAUAUCAUAUCUCACAGCCACAGUGACCAAAAGUACCGCUUAAGGUUCAUUGUCUAUUGUCUCUCGCACACUUCAAACCUAGCUACCUCACAUAAGUGUUUAGUUUCUCAUAUUUGUUGAAGAAUACAUAGAAACAAGGGUUGUUUUUCAUUUUGAGUUCAUUGCAAAAGUGAUGAAUGAGAUGUCAAGGAAUGAAAGAGAAUCUUCUGAGGAAAGAAAGCUUGAACUAAGGCUUGGUCCACCUGGUGUUGAAGACUGGUUUCACACCCACAACAAACAAAGAAUCUCAUUUGGUAACUACUUUUCUUCUUCAAACAAUGGUUUUCAACAUGUGAGAGGUAACAAAGAAUCUUCAUCAUCACAAACCUGUUGUCCUAAGAGAGUAGAGUUACAGAAUGGUGAUAAUAACAAAGUAACAGCUGUUUCCAACACCUCUCAGAAAAGAACUGCUCCUGGACCAGUAGUGGGUUGGCCACCAAUUCGUUCAUUCAGGAAGAAUCUUGCAACUAGCAGCAGUUCUAAGCCAUCACCACCAGAAUCUCAGACUCAACAGGACAUGCACAACAAUGUUUCUGCUGGUAAAAAACCUAUUGACAACAACUAUGGUAAAGGUUUGUUUGUUAAGAUCAACAUGGAUGGUGUUCCAAUUGGUAGAAAAGUUGAUCUCAAUGCUUAUCAUAGCUAUGAUAAUCUUUCUUCAGCUGUGGAUGACCUCUUUAGAGGACUCCUUAAAGCUCAACGAGAUUCCUCUGCUUGUGGUGGUAAUAACAAGAAAGAAGAGGAAGAGAAAGUGAUUACUGGAUUAUUGGAUGGAAGUGGAGAGUAUACUCUUGUAUAUGAGGAUAAUGAAGGAGACAGGAUGCUUGUUGGUGAUGUCCCAUGGCACAUGUUUGUAUCAACAGUGAAGAGGCUUCGAGUGUUGAAGAGUACAGAGCUUUCUGCUUUUACACUUGGUACUAGGCAAGACAAGAUAUCUACUUAAUUUGGCAAUGAAAUGAAAGUGCUGUUGAGUGGAAGUAGUAGCUUACAUUACAACUAAGUAAUGUGUAUGAUUUUUUUUUUUGGAAUGAAAGAUUUGAAAUGUUUAUGGGUUUUGUAUAAAUAGGGAAGGAAAACUUUACGGAUGUGUGUACUCUUGAUUUACUGUGGAGUAACGAUUAACUUGUUUUGGUUUGUAUUUUGAAGUCAUUUUGUAGAUCAGGGUUUUAUAACUUCAUGGUAAUUUUCUCAA